AUGUCUUUUCGCAAAGAUAUCAGCUCAGAACAGCCGACAAGGGCUGGCCAGACGGACAACUAUGCGGAUAAUCUUGAGGCCGAUGUCCUGAUUGUCGGUGCCGGAUUUGGCGGGAUCUAUCUGCUGCAUAAACUUCGCGACGAGUUUGGGAUGAAGGUUAAGAUCUUGGAGGCAGGAAAGGACCUCGGCGGGAUCUGGCAUUGGAAUUGCUACCCCGGCGCACGUGUCGACUCAAUGGUUCCGGUGUACGAAUACAGUCUUGACAAGCUCUGGAAGAACUGGAAUUGGACGGAGAAGUACCCAGACUACAGCGAACUGCGCGAGUACUUCAACUUCGUCGACCAGCAGCUUGACAUCAAGAAAGACGUCGCUUUCGAUUCGAGGGUCGUUCACGCACAGUUUGAAAAGCCUUCACAAAGAUGGGUUGUGAAGAUGGAAGACGGCCGGACUGCACACUCAAAGUUCUUCAUCUGCGCCACAGGCUUCGCAGCGAAGCGCCACUUCCCUGACUGGCCUGGCCUUGAUAAGUUCAAGGGGGUUAUGCACCACUCGUCCUUUUGGCCCACCGAGGGCGUCGACGUGGCUGGGAAGAGAAUAGCAGUCAUCGGCACCGGCUCCACCGGCAUCCAGAUUGCACAGGAGACGGCGAAGACGGCCAAGUCCGUAACGGUGUUCCAGCGCACUCCCAACCUCUGUCUGCCAAUGCGCCAGCAGAAGUUGACCAAGGAAGAGCAGGAGAAGCAGAAGAAGGACUACCCUGACAUCUACAAAUACCGCAUGACAACCUUCUCGGGCUUCCCCAUGGACUUUGUCGACCGCAACACACUAGACGACACUCCGGAACAGCGCGAAGCUUUCUACGAAGAGCUCUGGCAGAAGGGCGGCUUCUUCUUCUGGCUCGGCACGUACAAGGACAUGCUGUACGAUGAAAAGGCCAACGACGAGGCGUACAACUUCUGGGCCAAGAAGGUGCGCGCUCGCAUCACGGAUCCCGUCAAGCGCGACAUCCUCGCACCACUCAAGAAGCCGCAUCCAUGGGGUACCAAGCGGCCCUCUCUCGAGCAAAACUUCUACGAAAUGGUUGACCGGCCGGAGAACGAGCUCGUCGACGCCAAGAAGACACCCAUCGUCGAAGUGACCGAGAAGGGCCUCAAGACGGCCGACGGCAAAGAACGGGAGUUCGAUGUCAUUGCGCUAGCCACCGGCUUCGACUCUGUGACCGGCGGUAUGAAGACCAUGGGUCUCAAGGACGUCAACGGCGUGGACCUGAGCGAAAAGUGGAAGAACGGCACGUAUAGCCACCUGGGCAUGACGGUGUCGGGCUUCCCCAACAUGUUCUUCCUCUACGGCGCCCACGGUCCGACGGCCUUCAGCAACGGCCCCAGCUGCAUCGAAUGCCAGGCCGACUGGAUUCUCGACGCCAUGGCCAAGAUGAGAAAGGAGGGCAUCAACUACAUCGACCCUACGACGGCGAGCGAACAGGACUGGCACGACAAGGUCGAGGAGAUCAGCAAGGCCACGCUCUUCCACAACGUUGACAGUUGGUACAUGGGCGCGAAUAUCCCCGGUAAGCCGAGAGAACAGCUGAGCUACGCUGGCGGUAUCCCGCUCUACACGCAGGAGUGUCGUAAGGUGCUGGAGAACGGGUUCGAAGGUUUCGUGACGGCGUGA